ACGGACCAGUUGACUCAUACUCGAAUUGAGAUGUUUUUGACGUCUUCUUCGCAAGUAGCCGCUACAAUAUGAAUACCCCUGAAACUGGUACAAUUUUAGAAGGUAUCGGUGACGAAGUAGUCCAGAGUUUCGUGAUUGUACUGUGUAUAUUCCUUCCUAUCCCGAUUUUCGUUUGGAGUUAAAAAUUAAAGAACAGAACAUGUUUAUGAGAAACAGAUAUCAACAUAGAUCACAAGCUAUUCACCCUGACCACCAACAACGUGUUAAUAAUGCAAGGCUACAGCUUGGUAUAAAUGAGGAUAAUGGUGAUGCCAAUCACCAAGGUGCUACUCGUAAUGGGUUGCCAGGGCAACAGAGAAGAUAUGCCGUGGAUCUCCAAUGCCCGGUUUGUUUACAAGAUGCCCAGUAUCCAACGGAAACCAACUGUGGGCAUGUCUUCUGUGCUAAUUGUAUAAUAACUUACUGGAGGCAUGGAUCAUGGCUUGGUGCUGUUCAUUGUCCUGUAUGUAGACAACAGGUAACAAUACUUUUGGCAGAUUUUUCACCAGAAGAACGACAGUCUGAAGAAGGGAGAGCAAAAAUGAGAGAUUUACAUGAUUACAACAGACGAUUUUCAGGAGAGCCUAGACCUUUUAUGGAUUAUAUCCGUGAUCUACCAACAUUAUUACGUCAUGCAUGGGGCGAAUUUUUCUCAUUGGGUGGACUUGUUUGGAUGUUUAGAUUACGUAUACUUCUCUGCUUUCUGGCGGCCCUGCUUUACUUCAUCUCACCGUUGGACAUCAUUCCGGAAGCUGUGUUUGGCGUGUUGGGUUUCAUGGAUGAUUUGUUUGUUCUACUUCUACUUUUGAUUUAUGUAUCCAUUAUUUAUAGAAAUAUUGUUACAAAUCGUGCACAGAAUGCGUAACGUGGUUCAAUAUUGAAAUUGGAAGUUUUUCAAUCUACAAGGGCUACUGACUAAGAUGCAUUGUAGACAGGGAAGUCAGGGAAUUGAAUGUUAGUCGCAUAUAUUUGUUGACAAAGUAAGCACAAAUUCAGGACAUGUGCUAUAAUAGCAGGUAUUACGUAAGGCCAGGAGAAGAGAGUCAGCAUGCGUGCCAACAACAAAAAAAGUCUUAUAUCAGCGCCCUCUGUUGAUGAAUUUAUUAAACCUACAAAAUCUGUGCGCCGUCAAAUAUUAUAUCAACGACAAAAAAAUAACCACCUCAUUUUUUGAAACAAAUUUUUUACCAGAAACUUUUUUUCAAUGUUCAAUAAUUUACUAUGUACAUUGCCUAAUCUGAGUGCUAUGGUGUGAGUAAUAACAUAAACUGUAAUCAUACAUUCCCACUCUGCUUAGUAUUAUUUGUGGAAAAAACCUGUAUAGUUGUAUUUUCUUGUAAGCAACCUUUUUAAAGCAUUUUUCUCACCCAUUUUCUAAAUCACUAAAUUCUAUAUUCUUGGAAUAUCAGGAAAAACACAGGAAAGAUCACCAGGGAUAAAUGUACAUUUGUAUGUCACUUUUGAUCUCAAGAUUUCUUCCAGUUACAAAAAGUUAUAUAUAUCUUGUACAUGUCUUAUAAUACCCAAAUAAAACUAUAAAUAGUCGCAGAGUGCAAUUUUAGUCUAGCAAGUCUAUGAAAAAUGAUUUUUUUCAGAUGGAUUUACUUGUUUAAGUUAGCACAGGUUGCCAGUUUUCACAGGGAUGCUUUGGGCAGAUUUCUCGUUUGAACAGGGUUCAAUGUCAACGAGUUUUAUUGUAAAUCACUAUACAUGUUUAACAAUUUGAUGAUCUUAAGGGAGUUAAUGAGGACUGAAUUUUACAUUUUUUUCUCUCUCACAAAUAUUAAAUCAUUUUACAGUAUAUUAUUACAGUCUCCGCCAAGUUUGAAAAGUGCAGGUCAGACAUGCAUGACUAAUAAAAUACAGCAUGUUGAUUGUUUUAAUAAUGAUACAUGCCAAAUAAUGGAGUAAAGUUUUUUGAAGCGGCACGAUGCUAAAUAUCUUCUAAUAGUGAUCAUGAAUAGGUGCUAUACUACAACACGCGUAUAUACAAGUGAUAUUAAAAUGUGGUUAAUUUACAGAUAUUUACAAUAUGGGUGACACCAUGAAUCCAGUCCAGUUCAGAUCUAGUUUUGUUAGAUUUGGGCUGGUUUCAAGAUGAGGUCUCUUAUUAAUAAUGGUAAAUAAUUUUAUGAUCACUUGUACAGCAGCGUACUGCAGAGCAAACCUAGAAACAAUGUAGCUUUAAUCUAGGUUUCAAUAUGUGAUGUACCAAGAGUUAUGAACAUAUUUACUUGAAUUAUUAUUUGCCUUUAUUAAAGGGUUCAUGGAUAAUGAAAAUGUGCACAUGGUAAACAUAAUCUCUUCGACCACUCACUCCCCGCCUCCAAAGGAAGACAUUACAUUUGCUGUGCACGUAUAAUUAUCUGUGGUCCCUAACGCGACUAAGGCCAUCGGCUAUUUUGAGAUCAGGGAACCAGAAGACACUCAUUAGCAUUCUUACUGAAUGUCUUCAAUUCACAACAACGGACCAUGCAGCUAUGCAUGCAUUUAGAUAGAAACGUUCUAAACAAUUUGUAUUUGCUGUAUAGAAGAUAUGAACAUGUAGCUGGAGAGAGACAAUUCCCGCUUUAAAAAAGCAACUAUAUAUAGAACUACAUUUCGUGGUAUUUAGUGAUGGCUUGCGUAAUCAUAUUAAUUGAAAUAUAUCAUUGUAUUAAAAUACAUUUUUCUACUAAAGUUUUUCUAUUAAGAUAAUCAAGUCUUCAAGACCUCAUUUAUCCUGGUUCAUUCUGUAAAGAAAAGUACCAGGGUACAUGUGUUUGGCAUCAACCAUUAUCUAAGCUUAGUAGGGGUUAUAGCAUGAUAAAAG